AUGCAAAAGAUUCCUUACGCUUCAGUUGUGGGGAGUCUAAUGUAUGCUCAGGUAUGUACACGUCCGGAUAUUGCGUACAUUGUUGGCAUGUUAGGCAGAUAUCUAAGUAACCCUGGAAUGGAUCAUUGGAGAGCAGCCAAGAGGGUUAUGAGAUAUUUACAGAGAACAAAAGAGUACAUGCUUACAUAUAGGAGAUUGGAUCAGUUAGAGUUCAUUGGGUAUUCCGACUCCGACUUUGCUGGAUGCCAAGACAGCAGAAGAUCCACAUCAGGCUAUAUUUAUCUGUUGGCUGGUGGAGCAAUUUCAUGGAGGUCUGCCAAACAGACACUCAUAACUUCAUCCACCAUGGAAGCAGAGUUUGUAGCAUGUUAUGAGGCAUCCAAUCAAGGAAUAUGGCUAUGA